AUGGUGGCACUCGCUGUUGCCAGUAUCAUCUCGGGUACUGCAGGCGCCGUAGGGGCUGCCGACUUUUGCCCCCAACGAUGCGUCGAGUCCGGCCCGAGCACGGGCAACUGGUCCGUCUAUCCCAACUUCAACCUGAUCAAGAGGUGCCAGAAGACCAUGUUCUACGGCUUCUCCCUCUAUGACUCUGUCGAUGAACCCGACACCAACCAUCGCAUCGCCGCCUGCUCCUCAUUCGGUACGGAUUUCAAAACCAUGCAAUCCGAACCAAUCGCAGCCCCAGGGGCUCACUCGGUCGAGCCCGUUCAAGUCACGUUUGAGCUCGGCUGGUGGAACGAAGGCUUCGGCCUCGCCAAGGCUGGUAUUCGCUCCCUCACCGAGCAAUUACGUGAGUACAUCAGCAACGGUCACGGAGAAGCCUCGGACCGGCCCUUCAUACUCUACGGACAGUCCGGGCAGGCCACUAUUGGUAUCUAUAUCGGCCAAGCGCUGCUUAACCAAGGCCUUGGUGACUCGGCCCUCCGCACCUUUCAAGACAACUUCGACACCAACAACAUCACAACGCCCAGUGUGGCCAUGCAACUCUGUGGCCCCGGCUAUGACAGCGGCCAUAUUUUUGGCGUCGCGGUCACAAGUAACGGGACCUUCACACCCAUUCAGAAGGCUAUCAAGUCUUGGGUCAACGCGAAGUGCCUGUCAUUCACCGGGUCGCAAAACUUCCCCGGCAAGGCCACCUUUACCUCACCCCUUCUCAACGGCACGGCAAACUCGACGAUGACCAACUCUACCCUUCGCGCCCGUGGCUUCCUUCAAGAGCGUGCCGAUUGCAGGACCGUCCAAGUGGAGUCGGGCCAGGGGUGUGCGGAACUAGCAACCAAGUGUGGCAUCUCAGGCUCCGAUUUCACCAAAUACAACCCCAACAUCUGCGGUUCUCUCAAGCCAAAACAGUACGUGUGCUGUUCCAGUGGCACUCUUCCAGAUAUGCGGCCCAAGCCUAAGUCGAAUGGAGACUGCUUCUCAUAUGAGGUCAAGGAUAACGAUAACUGCGCCAACCUUGGAGCUGAGUACGGGCUGACCAACGACGAGAUCGAGGGCUUCAACAAGAAGACGUGGGGUUGGUCAGGCUGUAAGUUGCUCUACUCCAAGACAGUCAUGUGUCUGAGCACUGGAAACCCGCCGUUUCCCGCCGCCAUUCCGAACGCCGUGUGCGGCCCGCAGAAGCCAGGUUCCAAGCCACCAUCAGACGGCUCCAAGAUCGCCGACCUCAACCCGUGCCCCCUCAAUGCCUGCUGCAACAUCUGGGGCCAGUGCGGUAUCACCAAGGACUUCUGCGUCGACACGAACACCGGCCCCCCCGGUACUGCUAAGAACGGCACCUACGGCUGCAUUUCUAAUUGCGGUGUUGAUGUGGUCAAGGGCACUGGCAAUGGUGCUAUCAAACUCGCUUACUUUCAAGGGUAUGGUAUGGGCCGCAAGUGCUUGUAUCAGGAUGCACUCCAGAUCGACACCACCAAAUUCACCCAUCUUCACUUUGGAUUCGGCGUCUUGUCGUCCAGAUGGGAGGUUUCAGUAGGCGAUAAGCUGUCCACGUACCAGUUUGGCGAAUUCAAGCGCAUUAGGAACGCGAAGAGAAUAUUGUCUUUUGGUGGCUGGGAUUUCUCGACCUUCCCCGAUACGUACUCCAUCUUCCGUGAAGGAGUCAAACCCGCCAAUCGCAUGACGAUGGCUCGGAAUAUUGCCGACUUCAUCAACAAGCACAAUCUCGACGGUGUUGAUAUUGACUGGGAGUACCCCGGAGCACCAGAUCUUCCCGACUUCGACCCUGGCAAGCCCGAAGAUGGUCCCAACUACCUGGCUUUCCUCGCCGUUCUGAAGAACCUUCUCCCCGGAAAGUCGGUUGCCAUCGCCGCCCCUGCGUCAUACUGGUAUCUGAAACAGUUCCCAAUCAAGGAGAUCAGCAAGGUCGUUGAUUACAUCGUCUACAUGACGUACGACCUCCAUGGCCAAUGGGACGCGCACAACCAGUACUCACAAGAGUACUGCCCCACGGGUGAUUGCCUCCGUAGCCAGGUCAACCUGACAGAGACCAAGCAGGCAUUGGCGAUGAUCACCAAAGCGGGCGUCCCGGGCAACAAGAUCGUAGUUGGAGUCAGCAGCUAUGGACGUUCAUUCAAAAUGGCUGAGGCGGGUUGCUGGGGUCCCAGCUGCAGAUUCACCGGCGACCGGGGCCGCUCCGAUGCGACGCCGGGCAGGUGCACCGGAACCGCCGGCUAUAUUGCCGAUGCCGAGAUCAUGGAGAUCAUUCGCGGCGGCGGCUCCGGCCCCAAGCGUCAGAGCGGCCGUGUGGUGACGAGCUUCCUGGACACCAGCAGCAACAGCGACAUCCUCGUCUACGACAACAACCAGUGGGUUGGAUACAUGAGCGAGAACACCAAGGCCGUUCGCUCACGGCUCUAUGCCAGUCUGGGCAUGGCAGGUACGACGGACUGGGCCAGCGAUUUGCAGACAUUCAACGACCCUCCCAAGCCGGCAAAGGACUGGAAUUCCUUCAUUGCGCUGGCGGCCACUGGCGGCGAUCCCAAGGAGAGUACUCUGACCAUUGGCAACUGGAGAAACUUCACCUGUGAAUCCCAAUACGUCACCUCUCCAUACAACUACGAUCCCUCGGUGCGCUGGAAGGAGCUGGAUGCAGCCAGCGCCUGGCGUGAGGUCGUCGCCAAGUGGUUUAGUACCGACAAGGACCGGAUGAGUUUCAGCCAGUCGGUCGAGCAGACGCUGAAGGCAGGCUCCAACAAGAACUGCGACAUCAUAGGCGGUCCGACUGACGAUUGUGACGGGUCGAUGAGUUGUCCGGACGGCGCGAACGGGCCAAACUCGGGGCCGGCGGCGCAGCUCAUCUGGAACUCACUCAUGCAAAUCCAUACCAUGUUCCACUCCUACUACGACGGUCUCGAUGCGAUGAGGGCAGGUGUGCAAACCACCAUCCGGCGCAUGGAAGAUACGUUUGCGCCCAUCCCGGAGCCCGAAACCAACCAGUGGCUCAACAUCUUGAUCGAUCUCCUCACCAUCGGAACCCUGGGCGGUGCUGCGCCAUUCUUCAAUAGUUUUCUGAAGACGCUGCCCGCCUUCUCCAAGCAAAGCACGUUUGACAACACCAAGGACACCAGUUUGAUGUUGAUCGGCCAGGGUACACAGCUCGCCAAAGACUUGUUGAACGCCCCUCCAGUGGACAAAUGGACUCCGGAGGAGCAACAUAAGUUCUCUGACUAUGCGAGCCAGAUUGUCUUUGGUUGGAUGAAGAGCACUAGCUUUUCUGUCAAGAAACUCUUCAAUGGGGAACGCGAGAAUGUCGACGCGCUCACGAGCAUCAUCGCCGACGGCAAGAUGAUCCAGGGCGCGCGGGACGGCAAAGCGCCCGAUCCUCCCGGAAACGUCGAAAUCGAGACAAACGCCCGCAAGACCUUCUUUGGGUUUGCCAUCCCCACCCUGUGGCGUCGCUCAAAGACGUAUGCCUUCGUCCUCGACUCUGGCGCCGGCUGCGAUGGCAACCCUCUCAGCAAAUACGUGGACGACGCGACUGCCGACGCGACGCGCGUCUGCGUCGACGGGAGGCUCUACUACCUCGUCAACCCAGACGGCGACUCUCAGGUCUGCGGAUGCCAGGCUGCCGACCAUGGACCCUGCCAGAAAGUCUGCCACGACAAUAAGUUCUCUGCGCCUGUUGGUCUGGGCUCACUCCAGAAUCAGGACUUUGGGGACGUCACAAAGGAGGCUUUGGUCAAGGGCGCCCUGGCGACUUGGUCGUUCAACGGCCAGGAGAACAAAGUCGUCAACUUCACUUCGCUGGCGGACAAGCCUGAGAUCCGAAACGGUAUGAUUGGUCUCGACAUCACCACCCCCGGACUCGUCCAGCUGCCCGUCUGCACCCCCGACCGCGCGUUCCAGUCGUGGGCAACCGGCAAGAAGGGCGGUAGCGCAAACUACCCGUGCGACCUGCCCCCCGGGAAGGACCGCUGCGGCGUCUCGACGUUUGAGAACCAGGGCAGCGAUGCGUCGCCGUCGGUUUCGGACUGCAAGCAGAUCAUCAAGAACAUCGAGGGCGAUGGUUCUACCGAGUUCACUCAGCGUAUCACUGGGCAACGUGAGAUUUUGAAAUUCGGCUCGUGCGCCUUUGGUAUCCAGCGGACCGGCGGUACCGGCGGUGCCGUGGAGUUCAAAGUGGGAGGGCAGGACGUCAUUGAUGUGAUCAACGAAGCGAUCAGGCAGUUUGGUGGCAGUGGCAAGAUUGGUGCCAAGGGCGUUAUGCCCUGUGAUGGCACGACAGCCGGUACUACGGUCAGCGUUCUGUGGGGUAUUUACUGA